GCCUUCGUGCUGGCCGCCUGAAGAAGGAGCCGCCUCUGACGGCCCGGGAAGCCCAAGGAUGCUCAACCUGAGCAAGGCCCUCUCCUCCGCGACGGCGCGGCGGACGUCGUCGUCCCGCUGGGCCCGCGCCUUCUCCGAGACGUCGGAGUCGGUCAAGGCCGCCGCCCCCAGCGCCGUGGCGUCGUCGUCGGACGCGCCCGCGGCGUCCUUCGACACGAUGACGCCCCGGGCGAUCGUCGACGAGCUGGACAAGCACAUCGUCGGCCAGAGCGCGGCGAAGCGCGCGGUCGCGAUCGCGCUGCGGAAUCGGUGGCGGCGGCAGCUCCUCGGCGAGGAGCUCAAGGCGGAGAUCGUGCCGAAGAACAUCCUCAUGAUCGGCCCCACGGGCUGCGGCAAGACGGAGAUCGCGCGGCGCCUGUCCAAACUCGCGCAGGCGCCGUUCAUCAAGGUCGAGGCGACGAAAUUCACGGAGGUGGGCUUCCACGGCCGCGACGUGGACCAGAUCAUCCGCGACCUCGUCGAGGCGUCCAUCACGCUGACGCGCAAGAAGAAGGCCGAGCAGUUCCGCGAGGAGGCGCGGCGCCUCGUCGAGGGCCGCAUCCUCGACACGCUCACGGGGCUCAACGCGGCGCAGGCGACGCAGUCGUCCUUCCGCGAGAUGCUGCGCAAGGGCGUGCUCGACGACCGCCAGAUCGACGUGGACCUGCCGGCGGCGCAGCCGGGCGCGCAGCCGCCCGGCGGCGUCAUCCAGCUCGACCAGAACAACCCCAUCUCGAUCAACGACUUCCUCGGCCGGUUCAACGCGCUCGCGCAGCAGGGCAAGGGCCGAUCCGAGCGCAAGCGCAUGUCCAUCCGCGAGGCGCGGCCCCUCAUCGAGGAGCAGGAGCUCGACAAGCUCCUCGAGGGCGUCGACAUCCACAAGGAGGCCGUCGCGGCCGUCGAGGAGAGCGGCAUCGUCUUCAUCGACGAGAUCGACAAGAUCGUCAACGCGUCCGACUACCGCGGCGCGGACGCGUCGGCCGAGGGCGUGCAGCGCGAUUUGCUGCCCUUGAUCGAGGGCUCGACGAUCUCGACGAAGUACGGCAACGUCGACACGGACUACAUCCUCUUCAUCGCGUCCGGCGCGUUCCACCAGGCGAAGCCGAGCGAUUUGCUCGCGGAGCUCCAGGGCCGGCUGCCCAUCCGUGUGGAGCUGGACGCUUUGACGGAGGCGGACAUGCACCGCAUCCUCACGGAGCCGGAGACGAAUUUGAUCGCCCAGCAGCGCGCGCUCUUAGCGACGGAGAACGUCAUGCUCGAGUUCACGGACUGCGCGAUCCGCGAGAUCGCGCGCGUCGCGUCGCUCGCGAACCGCACCAUCGAGAACAUCGGCGCGCGGCGCCUCCACACGUGCAUCGAGCGCAUCAUCGACGACAUCUCCUUCAACGCCUGCGACUACAAGCCCGGCGACCUCGUCACCGUGGACAAGGCCUACGUCGAGGGCAAGGUCGACGACCUCCUCAUCCAGUCGGACCUGUCCAAGUACAUCCUCUAGGGCCGCGUCCCCGCUAAAACUACUACGCCGUC